GAGAAUUCCAAUCACUUCCAUUUCAAAAUUCAAAUGAUCUCAUUCUCACCCUUUCAAACCAAACUUUCUUCUUCCCUCCAUCUUCUUCAACUUCACCCCAUCAAAAACCCUAACAAAACCCUUCACCAUCUCAAAUUCCAAUUUCUCUCUUCUUCAACAACCAUGUCUUCUUCUUCCUCUUCGUGGGCUUGCUCCAAAUGCACUUUCCUCAACCCACCUACCCAAAAAUCAACCUGCCAAAUCUGUCAAACCCCAUUUUCUCUCUCCUCAUCUUCUUCAAUUCUUCCUUCAUCUUCUUCUUCCUCACCCUCAAAAUGGUCUUGCAAAGCCUGCACCUUUCUCAAUUCUUAUAGUCGCUCGAAUUGCGAAGUUUGCGACACUCGCGCUUCUCUCUCCUACAUCCAAGACUUGGAUUCUAAUGACCCAAAUGAUGAUUUUGACGGAUCUUCUUCUGUGGGUUCCAUCUUCUACCCCUUGCGCCGCUGUAAUUCGGGUAAAGUUCAAGAAAUUGAUGAUUUUGGUUUGAAUAAUAAGGUUCAAACUCAAUUGGGUACUCAUCAAAUUGUUGAUCAUAGUGUUAAAUUGGGUGGGCUUUGGAGUUCUGCUUCUAAUAAGCGCAAACUUCAAGACCUAGUUUCUGAGAAUGAUGCUGCUGUCAGUUGCUUCAGUGCGAAGAAAGAAGAACCAGCUGCAGUUAUGAAGGGUUUAGCACCAGCAAAGAUUGCUGACAAUGCCGAGGGCAGCGUCACAUUAAAGAGGAAACUCUGUGACUUGGGCGACUUUAUUGAGAAACCCAUCAAACUAGAUGGCUUUUGCGAGGUUAAAUCUUCCAGGAAAACUGUUUCAGUUUUAGAUUCUGUUGAUGACUUUGGCAUAGAAAAGGCCAAUGGCAAUUCCGCUUCCAUGGAAGCUACUGAAAAUGCUGAACUUAAGGAAGUUUCAGGUGUAAUAAAGAUCCUUUCUUACAAUGUUUGGUUUAGAGAAGACAUAGAAGUGCAUAACAGAAUGCAAGCAAUUGGUGACCUGAUUCAGCUACACUCUCCAGAUGUUAUCUGUUUUCAGGAGGUUACUCCCAUGAUCUAUGACAUUCUCCGAAAAUCUUUGUGGUGGAAGAAAUAUAAAUGCUCCCUUUCCUAUGAAGAGGCAGGCUCUAGGGGGUACUAUUGCAUGCAGUUGGCCAAGCUUCCAGUAAAAUCAUUUAGCUGUAAAGAGUUCAGCUACUCAGCGAUGGGCCGAGAACUCUGUGUUGCUGAAAUAGAAGUGAACCCGAACAACUUACUUGUGAUUGCCACGAGUCAUCUCGAGAGUCCUUCCCCGGGACCCCCAACAUGGGAUCAAAUGUACAGCAAGGAACGAGUUAACCAGGCAAAGGAGGCCAUAAACUUUCUUCAGAAGUAUCCGAAUGUCAUAUUUUGUGGUGAUAUGAACUGGGAUGAUAAACGUGAUGGUAACUUUCCAGUCAGUGAAGGAUGGUUCGAUGCUUGGGAGAAGCUAAGACCUGCUGAAGUCGGAUGGACGUAUGAUACCAAGUCAAACAAAAUGUUGACUGGAAACCGUGCAUUGCAAAAACGGCUUGAUAGAUUUAUUUGCCGUUUGAGUGGUUUUGAGAUUAGCUGCAUAGAUAUGAUUGGAACUGAGGCAAUACCAGGUGUGACAUACAGCAAGCAGAAAAAAUUGAAGAACAAGAUACAGGAAUUAACACUUCCAGUUUUGCCUAGUGACCACUUUGGUUUGCUUCUGACAAUUACUAGUAGCUAAGUAGUAGUAUAUUGCCAAAGUUUUGUACAGGGUGAUAUAUUUUCCCCGUUUAACUACUUUGUUGGCUUUGCUAGGGAGGUUUUUUUGUAUGAGCAAAGCUAUUUAACUAACUGUUUCUCUAUCGGCUAAAGAGGGAUACUGUAUUUUUACCCUUGUUAGCUCAAAAAUCCCUCGUACACACUUAUAAGGGUAAGAAUGUCAAUAAACCUCUUAUUUUGCGCAGCUGCGAUAGGUAAAAAGCCCUGCUCACUUUGUAUAGUUGGAUUGCCACCUUUUUGUCGGAAAAUCAGCUUUGAGAUUUUGUACAUGGAAGCUUUAGAGAGAUUAUAUGUUGGAAAUGCCAUCAAUAUUAAGUUGAAUUUUUUUUA